UAUGGCCAAUUAUCGAUGUAUCGAUACCAUUCAAAGUCUCACCUCUAUUCUGCCGAGCCGCUUGUUUUCGGCCGAACCAGACGCUAUGACCACCGCCUUCGACGCUGCGCACACGGAGGGCCCCGGCUUCGUGGGAAUCCGUUUCUGCCAGGAGUGCAACAACAUGUUGUACCCCAAGGAGGACAAGGAGAACAAAAUUCUGCUGUACGCAUGCCGAAACUGUGACUACAAACAGGAGGCGGACUCCAACUGCAUUUACGUUAACAAGAUUAUGCACGAAAUUGACGAGCUGACGCACAUUGUGCCCGAUGUGAUAUCGGACCCGACGCUGCCGCGCACCGAGGACCAUGCCUGUCCCAAGUGCUCGCAUCGGGAAGCGGUCUUCUUCCAGGCGCAAACCCGGCGCGCCGAAGAGGAGAUGCGACUGUAUUAUGUGUGCACCAACCAGAAUUGCACCCACCGCUGGACAGAGUAAUUGUAGCCCUAAGUGUAAGCAAUCAAAGUAAACAACAAAUCAAUAUCAAUAUCAAUAUCAAAACGAUCUA